CUUGCCACUAUUAUAAAGUCCAAAACUCCUAUAUAUACUCAAUCCCACCACACUUGAUUCCAUAUCAGUCUCACGAUUCUCACCAAAUCAAAUCCGAUACUCAAAACUGAAUUAACCACCUUCCACAAAACAAAACAAAAAUGGAUAUCACAUCAUACUCUAAAUACUCUACGAUCUCAAUGCUAUCUAUAUUCAGCUUAUUAUUCUUCCUCCAUGGAGCUCAGGGAGACGACGGAGGUUGGCAAGGUGCUCACGCCACAUUCUACGGUGGCGGCGAUGCUUCCGGCACCAUGGGUGGAGCUUGUGGCUAUGGAAAUCUGUAUAGCCAAGGUUACGGGACGAACACGGCGGCUCUAAGUACUGCUCUGUUCAACAACGGACUCACGUGCGGCGCGUGCUACGAGAUGAAGUGCAACGAUGACCCGAGAUGGUGUCUCGGUUCCACUAUCACCGUCACAGCUACUAACUUUUGCCCACCGAACCCUGGCCUCUCCAACGAUAAUGGUGGAUGGUGCAACCCUCCUCUUCAGCAUUUCGACCUCGCCGAGCCAGCUUUUCUCCAAAUCGCUCAGUACCGAGCAGGCAUUGUCCCCGUCUCUUUUCGAAGAGUACCGUGUAUGAAGAAAGGAGGGAUAAGGUUCACGAUAAACGGACAUUCAUACUUCAACCUGGUUCUGAUCUCGAACGUAGGAGGAGCAGGAGACGUCCACGCCGUCUCGAUCAGAGGCUCAAAAUCAGGGUCAUGGCAAGCAAUGUCAAGGAACUGGGGACAGAACUGGCAAAGCAACUCUUACCUCAACGACCAAAGCCUCUCCUUCCAGGUCACCACCAGCGAUGGUCGCACCGUCGUUAGCAAUGACGUGGCUCCUUCUAAUUGGCAGUUCGGACAAACCUUCCAAGGCGUGAUGAUGGUGAGUGACGGCAAAGAAGUUGCGUUCAAGUUAUCUGAUUCAUGCGUUCUUAAGAUCGUUCAAGGCGACAUCACCAAUUGGUCUGUCGAUGGCUCCGCCGAUGCUAUUGCUAAUCCAGCAAACGAGCGCAUGUUAGGCGGUAAUGGUGCAGAUGGAGCCAUUCAUGACGCUGCUGGGGCCCAGCUGAGAGCAGCAUGUUAUCAAGUCCCCGAAGUUCUUCCCGGAGUCCGUUGUCCCACCGGAGAAGCAAGAAUCACGCCGGGUUUCAACUUGUCUGCGUCUCAUGUGAUUCACACGGUCGGGCCCAUUCAUAAUGCCGAAAAGAAUCCUAAGAAACUCCUACAAAGUGCUUACAGAAACAGUCUGAGAGUAGCUAAGGAAAACAACAUUCGGCACAUUGCAUUUACUGCAAUAUCUUGUGGUAUUUUCAGGUAUCCUUUGGAUGAAGCUGCUUCUAUAGCUAUCUCCACGGUUAAGGAGUUUGGUAAAGACUUUAAAGAGGUCCAUUUUGUUAUGUUCAGCGAUGAUACGUACACAAUGUGGGUGAACAAGGCAAAGGAUUUGCUACCUCCACCACAAGGCCGAAACUUAUCCCUCUCGGAGAAAACCAUCAAAACAGCAUUCUUCAAGAAUUUGAUGAGGAGGACUCAAAUGAGACGACUAUGGUUGACCUGUGCGGUGGGAAGCUUGAGUCUCCUCCCUAGAUUACACUCGAGCUCGAUCCUUCGACCACCUUCUGCUUCGCCGGGAGCUACUCUGAUCUCCGCCACUUUCGCCGUCAAAACUUUCCACACUGCCGCGUUACAGUUUCGCAGCGAACUGUCUUCGUCUAUUCUCUCUUCCCGAGUGGUUUCUGUCUCAUCCAUGGCUUCUGGAGACGAAGAAGCUGUUUUCAAUUUGUCUGAUUCUAGUCUCCUUAAGAUCCUUAAAGGCGACAUCACCAAAUGGUCCGUCGAUGCAUCUUCCGAUGCUAUUGUGAAUCCAGCAAAUGAGCGAAUGCUAGGUGGUGGUGGUGCCGAUGGAGCAAUACAUAGAGCUGCUGGGCCACAGCUCAGAGCAGCGUGCUAUGAGGUUCCUGAAGUUCGUCCUGGAGUCCGUUGUCCCAUCGGUGAAGCGAGAAUUACUCCGGGUUUCAACUUGCCUGCAUCCCGAGUGAUUCACACUGUUGGACCAAUCUAUGACUCAGAUGUGAACCCUAAAGAAUCCCUCACAAAGUCUUACAGAAAUAGUCUGAGAGUGGCAAAGGAAAACAACAUCAAGUACAUUGCUUUUCCUGCCAUAUCUUGUGGGAUUUACGGAUAUCCUUUUGAUGAAGCUGCUGUGAUCGGUAUAUCAACGAUCAAAGAGUUCUCCAGUGACUUUAAAGAGGUGCAUUUUGUUUUGUUCGCGGACGAUAUUCAUGGCGUAUGGGUAAACAAAGCAAAAGAGGUACUACAAAAAGCUUAAUAUCAUCCCCUCUGCAUCCUAAAUAGGCCGUAAGAAAAUCCUAAAACUCCACACUUACCAAGCAUUUUGGUAUUUGUGUAAUGUGAUGAAAGCCUUGUGGUGGUCCGUAAUGGUUAUGUUUGGUAAUAAAGACUGUGUUUUUUAACGAUCCAACAUUGUCUUUUGCUGUUAUUCAAUCAAGAAACAGUGCAACGAGGGAAAUAACCUAGUGAUUUAAAAAUAUGAAAAAAUCAGUUCUAAGAUAGAGAAAUAUUCUUGUAAAGGUUUGACUCGGGUGGUGUAGUGUGUCGUAUUAGCAGAUAAAAAUCAAGAAGUUUAAGAAAAUAAUAACUUGUAUUAAGAUGGUAUAGUAAAAUCAAUUGAAUAUCCAAAUUUGUAUUUUCAAUUAUAUUUUAACCGAAUUUGGGUUUUCAAGUAGAUUUUUAAGAAAACAGAAAGGAAAUAAUAAGUAUUAAGAUGGUUUAGGAAAAUCAAUUGAAUAUUCUACGCGUUUUUAGUAGAGAGUAAGAAGAUCAAUUUUGAUUUCAUUAACUAGAUAAAGUUAAUAAAAAAUAUAUUGGAUUGUGAGUUAAACUAAUUUUAAUUUCAACAAAAAAAAAGGAAACCAGAUAAGAAACAACAAAAAGGAAAUUAAACAUGAUAGAAAAAAGGAAAUAGUGAACAAGAUCGCUCUGGAUUACAAAACAAAAUAGAAAUCACCGACUUACACUAUCUUUCUUAUAAAUAGAGAGAGUGUCAGACUCUCGAUAUCAUUGAUUCGAUUUCUUAUUUCUCAACCACAACAAAAGAAAAACAGAACUCGAAGCAAAAACCUAAAAGAAUAUGGAGAAGAUGAUGAUUAGAGACAGAG